ACAAUAAUCAUAAAAAAUGAUUAUACUUCAAUGAAUUAUUAAUGAUUGAAUUUCUGCAUAUGUAACAAUGCUCAUAUAUGGAAUUGAAAAGUGUAAAAAAGCAAGAGAAGUAUAUGUUCUAUAAUAAUCUAUACAUACAUACAUACUCUAAACACAUAGUGAUAAUAACCAUGUAUGAUUAGGGAAAGAGGCACUAGCGGUGAAGAUGAAGGGUAGGGAGAAAGGAAAGGGAAUAGGGAGAGAGUGAAAAUGAAAGAGGAUAAAAAGAGAGAAACGAUAAAGAUAGAAGGUAGAGAAAGGAGGUAAAGAAGAAAUAUAUUCAGGAUAUUAUUCCAGUGUGGCGGCGCUUGUGCAGUUUAGAGAGCCGCUACGGCGGUGAUUCGAGCUUCUUAUCGGCCUCGAGAAGAGCCGUAAAGGAAUAAAAGAAGGGAACUAAAUAGAGGAUACAUAUAUAUACCGAUGGUCGUUUUUGGAUAGCGCGAUUAUGAGCGCGAAAUGAAGUAGCAUCGAUAAGGAAAGGAAACGUCGCGUGGUUCCACCUCCGCCGUAUCCAAGCGUGGCACAUUACGGACGUGUGCUUGAAGCGGCGCCAUAUAUGCGAUAUAUAUUCGUAUAUUAAUUCCUUAGCAAGUACGGCCAAGUGCGGCCAAGUGCAGUGACGGUGACGACGACGACGACGACGACGACGACGACGGUGACGGUGGUGGUGGUGGUGACGGUGGUGGUGGUGGUGGUAGUGGUAGUGGUGCCAGUGCCAGCAGAUAGAAAAGGAAAAGAGAUUGGAACCACGACUGCUCCCUUCUAUCCUGGAUGGGGGCGAGAAAGAUAGCCGCGACGCGACUCUGAGAAAGAAGAGAGUAGUUAGAAGAAAGGAAGAAAGUAUAUAGAGGAAAGGAGAAGAAAGAUUGGUGAAUGCGGCGGGGUACUUUGCCUGCACCCGUGCGUGAAUCACGCUUCCGAGGCGCCCGGCUGUCCCCCGUCUUCGACUAUACCCCAUCGUCGCGACAUUGACCUGUUCGAGGACGCCGUCCGUUCUUUAACGAUACCCAACAUACUAAACGGAGAUUUCUUUCUCCCUUCUUUACCAUUUUGGAACAACCUUUUAAGAGUGACACCCACGAGGUGGGAGGGGAAGAGGCAUUCUUUCUAUUCGUUCCGAUCCAUGUCUUCUACCGGUUUAUCUAAUAUCUUCCCUAUUCUCGCGAUUACCACGAUAAGUAAUAUACUCGUGUGAAUAUUCAUUUGAAAAGCUCGUCACAUACUUCAGGAUAAGAUCAUUUUUGUAAUAUGAUGAUAGUAGUGUUCAAUGAGUCUUAGUACCAGCAGUGUUAUUGCCAACAAGAUUUCUAUUAUACUGUGAUUAAAAAGAAAAGGUCUAUCUAUCAUUUCUAAAACAUUAGAAAAUAAGAUUGUUGAUUUGAACAUUAACAACAACAACAAUAACAACAAGCAUAGGAGCUGUGAAUUAUUUCUAUUUCUAAAUUAAAAAAAAAUAUAUUAGAAACGCAGUCACGAAAAAUAGACUGGCAAAUAAGAGAAAGAAACAGGUGCAAUAUGUCAGACGAAGAAGAUAAACCUCCAGCACCUCCUGUACGACUGACAUCUAAUAGAGGUGAAUCUGCACCAAAUUUGCCAGUGGAUAUGCGCCCACUACCAAAAGAACCAGAUUCAGAUGAACGUAAGAAAAAAACAUUGAAAGGCAAAAUGAAGACGAAAGAAAUCAAAGACAAACCAAAUAUAAGUUAUCCAACAAAUUUUGAACAUACGGUGCAUGUUGGAUUUGACGCUGUCACUGGUGAAUUUACGCUGCCAUUAAAAGGAAUGCCAGAAGCUUGGGCAAGACUUCUUAUGUCAAGUAACAUUAGUAAACAAGAACAAAAGAAAAAUCCACAAGCUGUCUUAGAUGUUUUAAACUGGUAUGAUAGUAGCAGUAAAGAAACAAAGGGUUCUAAAUACAUGACUACAACUAAGAUGGUUGGAGUUAUAGAUAUCAUUCAAACUGCACAUCCAGCUCCAAUAGAAAGAGCAAGUAGUCCGCGAAGUAUGGGCGUUAAUGUUGGUACAGGUGUAGGAAAUAUUCGUGGACAGGCAAUGUCUCAAGCUUCAGGAAGUUCUCACUCUCAACAUUCAUUGAGCAGAGUAAGUAGCAGUAGUCCCAGUAGUACACCAACUGAUGCUUGUGCAACUAGUUCUGAACAAGAAGAUGAACCACCACCUCCGCCUAUUUCUGCUAGACCAGAACGUACAAAGUCAAUAUAUACAAAGCCUAUAGAAGAAGAACCACCCCCACCAUUGGCAAUUACAUUGGGAUCACCUCAAAGAAAUGGUACACCACAACAACAACAUCAAUCGCAGUUAGAUAGAAAUAAGAAUCAAGCAACACCAACAUCAACUACGACUGAUCAAACCCGACCAGCACAAAGUGAUAAAGCAAGAAAAAAGAAAAUGUCGGAUGAUGAAAUAUUAGAAAAGCUUAGGACAAUUGUAAGUGUAGGAGAUCCAAAUAGAAAGUAUACAAAAAUGGAAAAAAUAGGACAAGGUGCUUCAGGUACAGUGUAUACAGCAAUUGAAACAUCAACAGGAAUGGAAGUUGCAAUAAAACAAAUGAAUCUUUCGCAACAGCCGAAAAAAGAAUUGAUAAUAAAUGAAAUUUUAGUAAUGCGGGAGAAUAAACAUCCGAAUGUCGUUAAUUAUUUGGAUAGUUAUUUAGUGGGAGAAGAAUUAUGGGUAGUGAUGGAAUAUUUACCUGGUGGUAGUUUAACUGACGUCGUGACUGAAACUUGUAUGGAUGAGGGCCAAAUAGCUGCAGUAUGCAGAGAAGUAUUACAAGCAUUGGAGUUCCUUCAUUGUAAUCAAGUUAUACAUAGGGAUAUUAAGUCUGACAACAUUCUACUUGGAUUGGAUGGGGGUGUCAAAUUAACUGACUUUGGAUUUUGUGCACAAAUUUCUCCGGAACAAAGUAAAAGAACUACAAUGGUUGGAACACCAUAUUGGAUGGCACCAGAAGUAGUUACUAGAAAGCAAUAUGGUCCAAAGGUAGAUAUAUGGUCAUUGGGAAUAAUGGCUAUUGAAAUGAUAGAAGGUGAACCACCAUAUUUGAAUGAAAAUCCACUGAGAGCAUUAUAUUUAAUUGCAACUAAUGGAAAACCAGAAAUUAAAGAGAAGGAUAAAUUAUCUGGUAUCUUUCAAGAUUUCUUAGACCAAUGUUUAGAAGUUGAAGUUGAAAAACGAUCUGCAGCUUCAGAAUUAUUAAAGCAUCCUUUUUUGAAGUUAGCAAGGCCACUAGCUUCCUUAACACCUUUAAUUAUGGCAGCAAAAGAGGCUGCUAAAGGUCAUUAAAAGAUGUAGUGAAAGAGAGACUAUGGUCAAAAGUGAUCAUAAAUAUAUGACUAAUGUGAAAGAAUAACGAAUGAACCACCCUCCCAAAAUGGAAACGGCACAAUAAUUCAAUAAUAUAUAUGUAAUAAAUAAACAUAUAUAAAUAUAUACAUAUAUAUAUAUAUAUAUAAAUAUAUAUUAUAUAUAUAUAUAGGUCAUAAAUAGAUAGAACUUAUCCGAUACUUGAAGAGUAUCGAGAAAUGGUUUCAAAGUUUUUAAAUUGCUCGAGUCUCGCAUGUUGUGAGAGAAGAAAAAGUUAAAUCAGAAGAAGAAGAAGAAAGAAAAAAAACUGUGAACGAGAUCUGACGACAGAAGGACCUUAUUUAUCUCCUCGGUGAUGUUUAUUGAUUGCUCAAAAUUUCUUAAACGUCAACAAAUUAAACAAAUGUUGAAUUAUGAACUUAAACAUAAAGUUAACGUCAAAUAUUGCCUGGAAAAAUAAAACUAUUUCUAUCAACAUUCAUCAUCAAGGAUAGAUAAGUGUUUUGUCAGUUAUUUUCUAAAAAAAAAAAAAAAAAAAUAAAAAAGAAAAAAGAAAUAAAAAAUUGUAAAAAUAGUAUUAUUGACUCUAAAGUUGAAGAUCAGAGUUAGCUACAAAACACACAUUAUUUAUAGCAAGGGAUCUUUAUUAGAUAAUACCAUAAACAAAUGUGAACAAGUACAUAAGACUUAUUCUAAUACAUUAAUUAUGGUUUGACAAACAAAACAAAAAAAAUAAGAAAAUUGUAGGAGAACAAAAUAAAUUGAUCUUCAUGUCAGACUUAUAUUUUUCGAAUCGAAGUUAUGAGAAGCAGAGCAAUAUGUUUUCAAUCUUUUUGUCUGUCAAUAUGACAUAAAUACAUAUACAUACAUAUAUAUAUUUAUAUAUAUAUAUAUAUAUAUAUGAGCGAUAGCCUAACUUGUUUUAAACGUUCUCAAAAGUCACGUUCUUAUAAUCAAAUGUUAAUACGCUGAAAUAUGUUUAUAUUCAAUUAAAAAUGCUUGAAUUAUUUUCUCUUAUCUUUGAUAUCACAAUGAUUGCAUUGUGUUUAGUUUAAAUAUAUAUAUAUAUAUAUAUCUUUUUACUUGUAUAUGUAUAUAUAUAUAGUAUGGCUAAUUGAGUUAUUUGUGCUUUGUGCAGUUAGAAUAUUCAUUUUUUUUAUUUUUUUUGCAAAUUAUCAUUACUGUUUUAUAAUAUUAAGAUAAACAAAAGUAAGUACUUUUUCUCAUUUGCAUUGCUAUAAGAGACACGUUAAGGAUAUAUAAGGUUCUCCUUAUUAAAGUAUGUUAAUUAAUAAGAACAUCCUUAUUAUGGACUAACGUUGUCUGUUCCAAGUGUGUGUUCUUUAUUACAGAUCAAAUGUAAUUAUUAUUCUUCUUAACGUGUCUUCUUAAAUAUAAAAAUGAACGGAUGGAUGAUCGAUGAAAUUUUAAAACAAGGUUCAAAUGUAGGAGCAUUUUUGUGACACUAUAAAGUGCCUGUUGUCAUGUUUAGAAGCAUGAGAAGGUUAUUAUUCAUGCUAGAUUCCUUAUAAUCUUGAACCAUUAAAAAUGUAUCAUUUAUUAUUUUAAUGAACCAUCAGAAACCAACAUGUAGAAUAAUCACGUCAACGGUUAUAUAUAUAUAUAUACAUAUAUAUACAAAAGGUUUCCAAAUGGUUGUACCAUACAUUAUAAACAGAGCAAC